GACAUCAGCGCGGCUUCCUGCCUGCCGGCAGCACCCGCCCCGGGCCCCACAGCCCCGUGCCGUGGGGCAGCGAGCCCCAGGGCCCCGCUCGUGCCCUGCAGCAUGGAGUCGGUGGCUCUGUACAACUUCCAGACAACGGAGAAGGAUGAGCUGCCCUUCCAGAAAGGGGACACCUUGAAGAUCCUCAACAUGGAAGAUGACCAGAACUGGUACAAGGCUGAGCUGUAUGGCUGCGAGGGCUUUGUCCCCAAAAACUACAUCAAAGUCAAACCCCACCCGGCCAGCACAGCGCGCGGCGGGCACUCACCUGGAGAUCACAUCGAAGGGGGAAAAUGCCGUGGGUGGUAUGCAGGGAGGAUCUCCCGGCACGUGGCAGAGGAGCUGCUCCUCAAGCGCAGAUAUGUGGGAGCCUUCCUGAUCCGUGAGAGCGAGAGCGCGCCGGGGGAGUUCUCCAUCUCCGUCAACUACGGGCAGCACGUCCAGCACUUCAAGGUGCUCCGUGAGCGCAAUGGCAAAUAUUUCCUCUGGGAGGAGAAGUUCAACUCCCUCAAUGAGCUGGUGGACUUCUACAGGACCACCACCAUCGCCAAGAAGCAGCAGAUCUUCCUUCGGGAUGACGAGCAGAGCCCAGAGGUGAAAAGACCCAAAUUCGUGCAAGCCCAGUUCGACUUCUCUGCCCAUGACAGCUCCCAGCUGCCCUUCUACCGCGGGGACAUCAUCGAGGUGCUGGACUGCCCCGACCCCAACUGGUGGCAGGGAAAGAUCUAUGGACGCAUUGGCUUCUUCCCCCGCAAUUAUGUCCACCCCAUCCGCAAGUGAGCCGCCGCUGCCGCCCCGCUUCGCGCAUCCCCCAUCCCCACGCUGUCCCCAUGGGCUGCAGAUCCCGGCAGUGCCAUCUGUGGAUGCUGUGCUGGAGGCAGAUGCUGCCCCGCUCCCAGCACCAACAAAUACCCACGUGAAGAAGCAGAGGGCUGCGUGACAUUGAGGGGUAUCCAAACUUUUGUGGAGUCACGAUGGGUGGCAGCUCCUGGCCAGGACCUCUCCAGCCCCAGCUCCAGGAAGGCUGCAGUCAGCUGGGACGUGGCUGGGCUCAGGGAUGCUGCAGAGCAGUUCUGGGGCAUGGGGUGCUGGAAGGGCUGCUCAGGAGGAAUUCGGUCCUGCUGGUGCCAUUUGUAGCUGCAAAUUGUGGCUUUUUCAUUUUUUAUUUUUAUCUAGAGUUAGUAAAGUGUGUUGGGAUUAAA